AUGGACGUGUGUGUGGCGGGCGCGGCGGCGGGCAGUGACAUUGGCGAGCCUCAUCGCUGGCACGAGUACCUGCAGGCAGCCUCCGCAGUCUACUCUGCGCUUGAGCGGGAGCGGGCGGCGGGCUGGCAGUCGGAGGCGUUGGAUUGGUGGUACAAGCAGCGGCAAGAAGAGGCAGGCGGCAAGCGUCAGGAGGGUUCGGCCGCCGCGCCUGCGACCUCGUUUGGUAACAGCGACAUCGUCAGGCUGUGUGAAAGGUACUGUGAGCACGCCGGGCGUGUGCUCCCGCGUGCCGCGCCGGACUUCUUUACCGUCUCGCCUCGGGCAAGGCACGCCCCGCCGGCGGGGGACGCAGCGGAAGAAAAGGGCCCGCCCACGUUUCUUGACCUCGGCUCCGCGCCCGGCGGCGUGUCAAAGUUCCUCGUGACGAGGCUGCAGUGGCGUGGUGUGGGGGUGUCGCUCCCAGUCAGUCACGGCGGCAUCGCAUCCGACGCGUCAUGGCUGCAGUCACCGGCGGCGGCCGCGCGCUACGAGUUUAUUGCGGGAAGCAUCACUGAGAAUGACUGGCACGACUCCAUUAGAGGACGGACUUUUUGCUUCGUCAACGGUGGGGCAGUGCAGGACCACGGGCAGCGCAUCGCGGAGCUGCGCCCACAUGACACCGAGAGUGCGGCGAAGAAGGCGGAGGCGGCGGUUGGCGGCGGCGAGGUGCAGCCCGUGCUGCCGUGGUUUAGCUUCCUUCUGCCGCAGCUUCGCCUUGCGGUGGAGCACGUCGAGGAGGGCGGCGCAAUCAUGCUCGUCUUCGGCGUCCCACAGUGCGCCAGUCUUUCUAUUCUGCUCGCGCUGCUGCAGCCGCUCGUGCACGGUGGCAUUCACAUUCUGGAGACCAUGCACCUGACCAAGUCUCCCGUGUACGUGCUUCUCAGCGGUGUUCGCGUCCGCUGCGAUGCAGAGACGCGGGCCGCGUGGGAGAACGUCCUGCGGCUGAUGACGCAAGGAAGCAAAGACUUCUGGUUGGGGGAGACAGAGGAGGGGCUGCAGCUGGCAAAGACCGGGUUUGCGCGGCAUCAGAAGGAGAUGGAGGCUGUCUGGGAAAAGACGACGUCGCUCCUGCGCCGACGACGACUCCAAGCCGAGCGAGCCAAGGAGGCGGUUGUACAGGGGAAACGGGGGGUGAAGCGGCAGCGUGAGUGGGCGCCGUGA